AUGUCGUUCCGGAACAAGCGGCAGCGCAACGACGACGACAAGGCGCCAGAGGGCUCUGCCCAGGUCCUCCCCGUCGCCCAGAUUGCCGACGACUUUGACGGCGAGCCCAUGGACGGCGCGACGUACCUCGCGUUGGCACACCGCGCAAACGCCAAGCUGCCGUUCCAGAAACGCGUCGACGUCCCGACCCCGGCCGAGCCCACGACGGCGGUACCCGUCGCUUCGACCUCGACCUCGGCAUCUGCGUCCGCCUCGUCCUCUCGCCACCCUGCCCUGCCGCAGGAAUCAUGGCCUGUGAUCUUUGCAGCGCACUUUGGGGGAUACCGCGCCAACAUGGCCUUGCGGUGGCCGCCUAAACCGCGUCUGCCUUAUCCGGCCGAGUACCCGCCGCUGCCCAAGCCACGCGACCGUGCCGGUUGGCUGGGGUUCAUCGACGGCCACGAGAUGCCUGGCGCGGCGGCAGACGAGGAGGAGCAGUGGAAUGAGGCUGCCGAGGAGGCAGGGGAAGGGGAAGGGGAAGGGGAAGGGGAAGGGGAGUGGAACGAGGAAGACGCCAUGAACGGGGAGGAAGACGCCAUGAACGAGGAAGACGCAACGAACAGCGCCGAAAUGGACAUGGACGACGAAGAGGCGUGGGUGCGUGCCGGCGCACCGCCGGCCCAUGUCCCGCGCGAGCCGCUCGUCUCGGUCCUCCAGGCCCUCACGACUUUUGACAUCCUCGCGAUCCUCAAGCACCUCACAAAGGACAUGACGCUGUCAGUCUCCGCCGACGCGGCCGACCCACUACCCGCCCACCGCGCGCGGUGGAUCUUCGCCCUCCUCGCCAUCCUCGAACCCACGCUCGAGCGCGACGACCUCGUGCGCCUGCGCGACCUCGCGCGCGCCGCGUCGGCAGCGGGCGAGGCGUACUGGCGCGCCGCGUGCUCCAGCUCCAGCUCGAGCACCUCCACCUCGAACGCACUGCAAGUGACGCCGGUGUAUCCGGGCUUUUACGGCUCGCAAGCGCCCCCGACGGUCCUGGGCGAGGUGGGCGUGGACCACGCGCAGACGGCCCAGUGGGCGCUGGGCGCGCGGUGGAAGCGCAGGCGCGACGAACGGCCGCGGUCCGAGCCGACACCCAGGCCCGAGAGCGUCGAGGCUGGCCAUGAGGGGACCGGUGUGGAUGAGGCGCUGGCGCGCUGCUGGGUCGUCAAGCAUGCUGUGGCGGCUGGGUGGGCGCAGUGGGAUUUACUCGACGACUUUGAGAGGGCGUUCAAGAGGCUGCCGAGGCCGUGA